AUGGCCGAGGACAAGUUCAAUAAGACGACGGAUUUCCAGACGGCAGAGCUGUCGCCUGGCCAAUUUGAGAAUAUUCUGAACUUCCGGGAUGUGGGGAAGACCAUCAAUGGGUUUUUAGGCGAAAAAGAACGCCUGCGCGAUGAAUACGGUAUCAAGACUAUCAUUGAUCUAAGAACAGUUACCGAGCACGCAAAUCAAGCAAAGAAGCGCGAAGGCGACUUGCAGAUACCAGCAUUGGUCAAAUCGAACGCAGCUCUAGCAGAACCUCUUAAGAUUCCCUGUAUGAAUUACCUCGAAAUCAACAUCAAUGGCAAAGGUUUCGAACGAAGCCUGCUCUGGAAACUCUCAUACUGGAGUUUCACGAAACUCAUCGUCCUAAUGAUCUUUGGGUACCGCAUGCAAGCAAUUAGUAUCUUGGGCCGAGAAGUCAUGCAACCCCGCGGUCUGGUGGGGUUGGGCUUCGAUUCUAUCGAUUACUGCGGGCCUGAAAUCGCCGACGCCCUGAGAGAAUUUUCCAACCCCACCAACGCACCAAUUCUGACCCACUGCACUCAAGGCAAAGAUCGCACUGGUCUCCUCAUCGCUCUUAUUCUCUUCCUAAUGCAAAUCCCCAUCCCAGCCAUCACCCAUGACUACAUCCUUUCUGAAACCGAACUCUUUCCAGAAAGGGAAAGUAGGUUGGUUGAGAUCAGAAGUAUCGGGCUCACGGAUGACUUUGCUGGGUGUCCGAAGGAAUGGGUUGAAGAGAUGGAGAAACAUCUAAAGGAGAAGUAUGGGGAUGUCGGGCAAUAUUGCCGAGGGAUAGGAUUUACGAAGGUGGAUGAGGAGAGGUUGAUUAGUGGGCUGACAGGCAGAACUAAUUAG